CUGAACAACAUCCACCAUCAUCAUCUUCAUGUCUGUCUUUUGCUUUUUAUGUACGACUUUCAUACAAGCAACAAACAGCAGCUCGGCGGUUACACCAUUCCUUGUCAUUUUACUUUACUACGGAGUACUAAAUUUACGCCGACCAAAAUGGGUUCAACAAGAACACCUCUCUCCUUCUUCUUCGUCUUCCUCCUCCUCCUCGCAGCCCCAUCACCUCUCUCUGCGUUUGCAGAAGAUCAACAGCCCACCAACAGAGACGACGAUCCUCGUCCGGCAGCAGCAGGGCUCGCCUUGAACUACUACAGAGACACAUGCCCCCAAGCCGAAGACAUCAUCGGAGAGCAGGUCAAGCUUCUCUACAAGCGCCACAAGAACACCGCCUUUUCUUGGCUCAGGAACAUCUUCCACGACUGCUUUGUCCAGUCUUGUGAUGCUUCUCUGCUGCUGGACUCCACCUGGCGGUCUCUGUCCGAGAAGGAGACCGACCGGAGCUUCGGGAUGAGGAAUUUCAGGUACAUCGAGACUAUCAAAGAAGCUGUGGAGAGGGAGUGCCCCGGUGUUGUUUCCUGUGCCGACAUUCUUGUCCUGUCCGCCAGAGAUGGCAUUGUUGCUCUUGGAGGACCAUACAUCUCACUGAAAACAGGGAGAAGGGAUGGGAGGAAGAGCCGGGCAGAUAUUCUGGAGCAACAUCUCCCCGACCACAACGAAAGCAUGAGUGUUGUUCUCGACAGGUUUUCCAAAGUCGGAAUCAACACUCCCGGAGUUGUCGCUUUACUAGGAGCUCACAGUGUGGGAAGAACCCACUGUGUGAAGCUGGUGCAGAGAUUAUACCCAGAGGUGGACCCGGAGCUGAACCCGGAUCAUGUCCCACACAUGCUCAAGAAAUGCCCAGACCCAAUCCCAGACCCAAAGGCAGUGCAGUAUGUGAGGAAUGACAGGGGCACCCCUAUGAAACUGGACAACAACUACUACAGGAACAUCCUUGAAAACAAAGGGCUCAUGCUUGUGGACCACCAACUGGCCAAGGACAAGAGGACCAAGCCCUAUGUCAAGAAGAUGGCCAAGAACCAGGAUUACUUCUUCAAGGAGUUCUCCAGAGCCAUCACCAUUCUCUCCGAGAACAACCCCCUCACGGGCACCAAAGGGGAGAUCCGAAAGCAAUGCAAUCUCGCCAACAAGAUCCACUAGAUGAUGGUGGUGGAUGGGCUUCUUUGUUAGUUACCUUUGUUAAUAGCCUGUACUAAAAGUGAAUAAUAUGAGGGCUAAUCAUAUGAAUAUUUGCCCUUUACUGGCCUGCCUCCAGUCAUUCCAGUGUGGUGUGUGUGUUAUCUAAGAUGAAAUCAGACCAGCUUGCUUCACAUGGUGGUUUGUUACUUUCAAUAUAUGGUUACAUUGUCAGUUUUUAUUUCAGGGUUUGAUUUGCAGUGUGUCGUGUACUUGUGUAUUAAUGAAUGAUGCUUUGUUAU